AUGUUUCCAGCAGAGAAGGAUCCUACUGGUGAUCCGGAGACGUGGACGGGCCAUGAGUUGAGACGAUGGUUGAAGAACAGAGAUAACUACGAACCAAGCUCGAAGCUGAGCCGUGAUGAGCUUGUUACAAAGGUCAAGGCCAAGAUGAGCGUGGGAAGUCAGCUGAAAUGA